UUCUCUCUCUAUCUAAAUCUCUCUGAGUAAAAGAUUAAUGGAGAUCACAGCUAUGACCGAUGAGGGCCGUAGGAUGCAGGAUUUAGAAAGAGGGUGGGGUAGGGAUAUUAUUGACCAAGGAUCAUACUACUUGACCUGGGAAGAUCUAACGGUGGUGGCUCCUCCGAGCUUCGUCGGAAGUACACCCACUAAAAGGAUCAUCGACGGCGUAUCUGGCUUUGCUGAACCCGGUCGAAUAUUGGCCAUCAUGGGUCCUUCUGGUUCUGGAAAAUCCACCCUUCUCGACGCUCUUGCCGGAAGGUUAUUAGGAAAUGUUGUGAUGACUGGAGAAGUUCUUUUAAAUGGAAAGAAGAAAAGGCUUGACUAUGGUGUUGUUGCUUAUGUGACACAAGAGGAUACAAUGCUGGGAACCUUAACAGUUAGAGAAACCAUUGCAUAUUCAGCCAGCUUAAGACUUCCUUCUACCAUGACAAAAGAAGAAAUAACAGCUAUUGUUAAUUCAACAAUAACGGACAUGGGUCUUGAAGAUUGCGCCGACCGCCUGAUUGGAAACUGGCACCUCAGAGGUAUUAGCGGCGGAGAGAAGAGGCGACUCAGCAUUGCACUCGAGAUUCUGACUCGUCCCCGCCUACUCUUCCUCGACGAGCCCACCUCCGGUCUAGAUGGUGCAGCCGCCUUCUUUGUGUCUCAGAUCCUCAAGAACCUGGCCCGUCAUGGCCAGACCAUUGUUUCGUCCAUUCAUCAGCCGAGCAGUGAGGUCUUUGCCCUGUUUGACGACCUUCUGUUGCUUUCUGGAGGGGAAACGGUUUAUUUUGGCGAAGGAAAACUAGCCAUCGAGUUCUUUAACGAGUGCGGCGUACCCUGCCCUAGUCGAAGAAACCCUUCAGAUCACUUCCUCAGGUGUGUGAAUUCAGGUUUUGAUCAAGUUACAUCCACCUUAAACUUGCCAGUGGAUUCGGUUCUCAACAUGACCACUACUGAGAUUAAAGCAAUGCUGGUGUACAAAUACAAAUCCUCAAAGUAUGCCAAGAAAGCUACAUCUAGGAUCCAUGAAGUCACUCAAAACAUGAAAGGGAAUUCGAUGAAAAUGGCGAAUGGAAGCGAGGCAAGAUGGAUCAAUCAACUGUGGACAUUGACAAAGAGAUCCUCGGUGAACAUGUCAAGAGACUUUGGAUACUACUGGUUAAGGGUAGCGGUUUACAUUGUAGUCUCCAUAUGUGUGGGCACCGUGUUCUUUAACAUCGGAAAUAGCUACACCGCUUUGCUGGCGCGCGGUUCCUGUGGUGGGUUCCUGUCGGGGUUCAUGAUCAUGUUGUCCAUUGGUGGCUUCCCAUCCUUCAUUGAAGAAAUGAAGAUAUUUUACAAAGAGAGGAUGAAUGGGCAUUAUGGGGUGGGGGUGUUCAUUGUUUCGAACUUCUUGUCUUCAGUUCCGUUCUUGUUUCUGAUGUCGGUCAGCACGACUUCCAUUACCUACAAUCUGGUGAAGUUCAGGAAUGGGUUUGGCCAUUUUGUUUUCUCAUGCCUUAACCUUCUAUGCUCCAUAGCUGUAGUUGAGAGUUGCAUGAUGGUUAUUGCUUCACUUGUCCCAAAUUUCCUCAUGGGUCUCAUUGUUGGAGCUGGAUUGAUUGGGAUUAUGAUGUUGACUGCUGGAUUCUUCAGAUUCUAUCCUCAAAUUCCAAAGCCAUUUUGGCGUUACCCUGUUUCUUACAUAAACUAUAUGGCGUGGGGAUUACAGGCAGAGUACAAGAAUGACAUGAUCGGAUUGGAGUUUGAACCGAUGAAUGCUGGAGAUCCAAAGCUGAAAGGGGAGAAAGUGAUUGAAGAAAAGCUGGGAAUUUCACUUAGCCACUCAAAAUGGUGGGAUUUGGUUAUUGUGAUAGCGAUCCUGAUCUCUUACAGGCUACUGUUCUUGGCCAUUCUUAAGUUGAGGGAAAGAGUUUCGCCUGCGUAUAAGUCGUUGCGUGCAAAGACAACCCUUCAUCGUCUCAAGAAGAGGGCUUCGUUUAGGAAGACGACUCCUGGUUUCCCUUCGAAGAGACACCAGCAGCCUGUGCAUUCGUUGUCUUCUCAAGAGGGUCUUCAAUCUCCAAUCUAAUGAUUUAUAUAUUUAUAAUUGUUGCUAAGAGUUUAAGUAUUAAUGUUGUGGUUCUAAUGACAUUGACUGGUGGCUAGUAUUUGUUUAUGUAGCUGUGGUUUUUUUUAAGGUUCCUUCAUUGCCAUAUGAAUGUUAAAUGCAAGUAUUUAUGAUAAUCGGAUAUGAA